AUGUUCGUAAGGGAUAAAAAAAACUUUCCAAACGAUGAUAAUGAAUCAGAAGGACUUGAAGAUAUAUUGACUCUUUUUAAAGAUGAAAAUACUUACAAAUCGAAUGGAAUAUUUGAUCAAAGGUUAAAAGAUGAAAAAAAAUUUACAGAAGUUGACGAUCUCCUUUUUAAUCUUUCUGAUGAAGUUGAAGAAGUUCAAAAUAAAGAACCAAUUAAACAUCAGAAUAUUGAAGAGGAAGAGAAAGAUAAUAUUAAUAGCACUAGUUCCAUAUUGAAGAUGCUUAGCUCUUCACAAUUAAUCAAUAAAACAUCUACACAAAAAACAUCUUCAAAUUCAGAUGUAGCGAAAUUAUUAUCAGAUUUCCUUUCACCUUCAGAAGAAUUAUAUCGAAUUCAUAUACAUGCAUCAUACAACAAUACUAUAAUAACUUUAACGAAUUCAAAAAAAAAUGUAUUAAUAACUACAUCAGGUGGACGUGCAGGAUUUAAGAAAGCUCAAAGGGGUGGAUAUGAAGCUGCACAUCAAGCUGCUGUUAGUUUAGUUGAUAAAACCAAAGAAAAAAAUAUCAAUGUAAGAAAUGUUGAAGUUUUAAUUAAUGGAUUUGGACCAGGUAGAGAUGCUGCUUUUAAGGCAAUUGCUUCAACAGAAAAUCCUUGGGAUAUUAAAAGAAUUACGGAUUCUACACCACUUCCAUUUGAUGGGUGUAGACCAAGAAAAGCGAGAAGAUUAUAA